GGGGGAGGGAGGCAGGAGAACCCGAGCCCUCAAACCGCCGGGGAGGCGGCGGGGCGGAGGAUGGAGUAGCGGGGCGAGGCGCCGAGGGAGCAGAUAGCGCGGGGAGCGCCGCCUCCGCCCGGCUGAAGCUCUGCGGGCGGAGGAAGGAGAGGAAGGGAUCAUGCGAGGGGGGCUAGCGCGUUAGGGGCACGAGCGGAUGGUCGCCCGGAGGCUCCGCACCUAGGGAGCGUGACGUCCUGCUGCUGUGCCGCCGCUACCUACGCUGCCCGAGCUCGUCAAUGGAGCUGGAAAACAUCGUUGCUAACACCGUCUUGUUGAAAGCCAGGGAAGGGGGUGGAGGGAAACGCAAAGGCAAAAGCAAAAAGUGGAAGGAAAUCUUGAAAUUCCCUCACAUUAGCCAGUGCGAAGAUCUCCGAAAAGCAAUAGAGAGAGAUUACUGCAGCAUAUGUGAAAAGCAGCCAAUUGGAAGGCUUCUCUUUCGGCAGUUCUGUGAAACCCGUCCGGAGCUCGAGUGUUGCAUUAGAUUCCUUGACUCGGUGGCAGAGUAUGAAAUUGCUCCAGAUGAAAAGCUGGGAGAGAAGGGAAAGGAAAUCAUGAUGAAAUACCUCACCCCAGAGUCUCCAGCCUACGUUCCAGAAGUCAGUCAAGAUCUUAUCCAACAGACAGAGGAAAAACUCGAAAACAGUCCCUGCAAAGAGCUAUUCUCUCACUGUACAAAAUCUGUCCUUGACCACCUCAGUGGGGAACCAUUCCAAGAGUACCUGAACAGCAUGUACUUUGACAGGUUUCUCCAGUGGAAGUGGUUGGAAAGGCAGCCAGUAACCAAACACACGUUUAGGCAUUACCGAGUACUUGGCAAAGGUGGAUUUGGAGAGGUCUGCGCUUGCCAGGUUCGAGCAACAGGGAAGAUGUACGCCUGCAAAAGAUUAGAGAAGAAGAGAAUAAAAAAGAGGAAAGGCGAAUCCAUGGCACUAAAUGAAAAGCAGAUUUUAGAAAAAGUCAAUAGUCAGUUUGUAGUCAAUUUAGCCUAUGCAUAUGAAACAAAAGAUGCCCUGUGUUUAGUGUUAACCAUAAUGAAUGGAGGGGAUUUGAAGUUUCACAUCUACAACAUGGGAAACCCGGGUUUUGAGGAGGAAAGAGCUUUGUUUUAUGCUGCAGAGAUUCUCUGUGGUUUAGAAGAUCUUCACAGAGAAAACACAGUGUACAGAGAUUUGAAGCCAGAAAAUAUCCUGCUAGACGAUUAUGGCCAUAUUAGAAUAUCGGAUUUGGGUCUAGCUGUUAAAAUCCCUGAGGGUGAAUCGAUCCGUGGAAGGGUAGGAACAGUGGGGUAUAUGGCCCCAGAAGUGUUGAACAACCAGAGAUACACACUCAGCCCUGACUACUGGGGACUGGGCUGUCUCAUUUAUGAAAUGAUUGCUGGGCAAUCACCAUUUCGUGGAAGGAAAGAGAAGGUGAAGAGAGAGGAAGUGGACAGAAGAGUUCUGGAGACUGAGGAGGUGUAUUCCCAUAAGUUUUCUGAGGAAGCCAAGUCCAUCUGUAAAAUGCUCCUCGCCAAAGAUGUGAAGCAGCGGCUGGGCUGUCAAGGGGAAGGUGCAGCAGAGGUGAAGAGACACCCUUUCUUCAAAAGCAUGAAUUUCAAGCGGUUAGAAGCAGGAAUGCUGGAUCCUCCCUUUGUCCCUGAUCCCAGAGCAGUGUACUGCAAGGAUGUGUUAGACAUCGAGCAAUUCUCCACCGUGAAAGGAGUAAACCUGGACCAAACAGAUGAUGAUUUCUAUUCCAAGUUUUCCACAGGAUCUGUGUCUAUUCCAUGGCAAAAUGAGAUGAUAGAAACGGAGUGUUUUAAAGAGCUAAAUGUGUUUGGACCAAAUGGUACUAUUUCACCAGACCUAAAUAAAAGCUACCCCCCGGAGCCACCCAAGAAAGGACUGCUACAGAGAAUAUUUAAGCGACAGCAUCAGAACAAUUCAAAGAGUUCUUCAAAUUCGAAGGCCAGUUUAAAUCACCACAUAAAUUCAAAUCACGUAAGUUCAAACUCCACCGGAAGCAGCUAGUUCUGACUCGGUUUUAUCAAACAUUGCGUCCUUCCACUAUAAUGUAUGGAGCUUCUAUGGAUGAGAGAGCAUCCACCACUGAGUGAAAAAGAAAGAAUCUCCCCAAAAUGGAGAUUUUCUACCCAUUCCUUCCAGUGGAGCCUCGCAUUUUAAGAAGAAAUUUCCACUCAGGUCUGUUUCUGGAGGUGGCACUCAAGACUGUGUGAAUCAAAUUUGUCUAUUUAGAACAUUGCAAUAGAAAUUCAAUGAACAUGACUACUUGCACGUAUUUAAAUAGCAUCAUCCUAGAACUGAAUUUUGUCUUUAUUAUUUUUAAAGAAAAGUUUUGUAAAUUUCUCUAUUGUCUCAGUUUACAUUUUGUACAUUUGUAUUUAAAUGAAAGUCAGACUUUGGAGGUGUAUAUUUUCCAAGCAGCAGCUGUAAAGCCAUGUGUUUUAAGACAUUUUUUAAAAGAAAAAAAAAUGUGACUCAAGACUUCCAGAGCCUCAAACGAGAAAUCAUUCUUUUUAGUAAUUCUAGCAAACUGUUCAUAAAUCACUUUAUCAGACUGGGUUUUAUUGACACGCAUUUUUACAGAACAGGUUAUUCUUAAUUAUUUUACAUCUGUAUAUUUGGUUUACAGCAACACUGCAUACGUUUCUCCUCUUCAUUAACUUGUAAUGUCUUGCAUUAAAUGCGAAAAGAUACUGACAAGGCUUUGAUGUAUUCAAGAAUACUCCUUGCUAUGCCUAAGGUUUGUGAUCUCAAUGGACCAGCACAGCUGAGAUUUGUAUUUAAUGUUAUUAGAUCAUCAUAAUACUUCUUUGUUAGAAAGUGUACUCCAUUUUAAACCUUUCUUCUUCACUUUUUUGUUGUUGUUGUUGUUGAAGAACAAAAUUGAAUGAGAGUUGACUGGGAAAGCAAAUGACCCUUUGUUUUUCAGGGGCUUGAAUCCUACACCCACUAUGAUGAGAGCAAAGUGUUCUCUGUGCUGCAGACAAAAGCCCAAGGCCUUUUCACCACUGCUCAUAUCAAACAGGUAGCAAGAGAGAAAUGCAGUAGGCUGGUUUGUGCACCAUGAGAUUCAUGUCAGCUCCCUAGGGCUGACCUGUGGAGAUUCAGAGUGGGGUCUGAGCUGCUUUAGAGCAGUAGCAGAACCUGUGUCUGCACUUUCACUUGUCAUAUCAAAUAUACAUGACUCGUUCCCCUCAAAUAAGUCCUCAACUUAACUGAAUAAAAUGUAAGUUAUGAAAUAAGACUUCCCACUUUUCCUUCCCUCUUUCUUUAUCCCCUUCCUUUAACCACUGUUGAAGACAUUGUUCCCACUUACAAACGGGAUCAGUCAGGAUCAGUAGCGAUACCUGAGGCAUCUGAAUCAUGCUCAAGUAGUCCACUUAAGAAUGGUACAUCAAAAAUAUGCUUCCUUCUCUUUAAUAGGAACUGCUCCCAAGUGCAGAUGAUGUCUCUGUAGCCCACCAUGUUCUGCAAAAGAGAGUUCUUCGCCUUACAGUAUUCACUAUUUCUAGAUCAGCUGUAAACUAAAUAUGUAAUGGUUUCAGCUUCUCAACAGAAGAGGAAUUAAUACUAUAGAAAUGAAAGCAGCUGUGCACAGAGGAGCCUGUUACCUCCAGUUCCAUUCUCACAGACUGAUGGAGAGCCACCUAAGUCAGCAAGAUUAAGUCACCUUGGCAGUCUCUGAAUGAAAAUACACUUGUUUCAAGGGAUUUUCACAGGCUUUCUUCAAUACAUGUGGAAUUUCACCUGAUUUGAAGAAGUGUAGAUGAGAAGUAGAGGAAUAUAUCAUAGCCAGACUGUGGAUGUAUAUAUCAAUGCACCUGAGACAAGAUGCACAUCUUAGAUCUUAGAGAGCAGCCCAGGUCUAUUUUUAUCAUUCUAAGGCAUCACUUUCUAGUAGCAUUGCAUACUAUAAGAUUGUGCACCCUCAGCUGGCUUCAUCCUCUGCACUGAUGCCAGGGGAAGUGGGAGCCACGGGUAUUCAGGGGCUCUGAAAGAACAGAAUUAUGAUUUCAUGUUCUAACCUUGGGGAGCAUUUGGGGGGAUUUCAAGUACUUUGAUUCAAAGUGAAUAGUUUUGAUGUGUGUUUGCACAUAGCAAAGGAGCAGAAAGUAGUGGUUAUUUAAUAGCUUUCCAAACUGAUCAACUUCCUGUCAUCUUUCUGGUUACAGUGUAGGUUCUUCCAAAAAUGCAGAAGUUCAGGUGUAGCUGCUUGUUUUAAGUAGACAGAUGAGCAAACUUUGCUCAUUUUAAGAGUUAGAAAUCUUUUGCAGUCUAGUCCUGAAUUGUACGAGCAUCUUCUUUAUUUUAAAAUCUUCACUAAAUAAUUUGAUGAACAGUUACUGGUUUGCACACUUUUUGAUACAGAUGAACAUUCAUUUUCUACAGUGUCUCUGUAGAAGAAUUAAGCCUUACAGAUUUUUCCCAUUCCCUGGUUUUAUGAAAGCUUUUUUAAGCAAAGGAGUAAUGAAGAGAAAGUAACAACUUUAGCAAUAGGACUAGAGGGAAUGGCCUUAAGUUGUGCCAGGGGAGGGUCAGGUUGGAUAUUAGGAACAAUUUCUUCUCUGAAAGGGUGGUCAGGCACUGGAACAGUGGCUGAGUCACUGUCCAUGGAAGUUUUCAAGAAGUAUGUAGAUGUGGUGCUAAGGAGUGUGGUGUAAUGGGGAAUAAUGGUAGGUAGAUGGUUGGACUGGCUGUCUUGAAGGUCUUUUCCAACCUUGGUGAUUCUAUGAGUCUAAAUAAUAAACUCUUAUAUGUGCACUCUUGACCUGGAUUAUCUAAAAAGAGAUUUUUGCAAGAAUGGAUACGACUUGAAUGCUGUUUCUGAACAAGAACCUGCUUGUGAAGCUGGUAAAGGUGUGAAGAUAAUCAUACCAGUUACUGCAGGUCAAACUGAAUGUUAUUGAAAGGCAGAACUUCAUGCUGCAAUGACUAGAGAUGCCUGCUAACUGGCAGUUCAGGUACAAUGCCAGGUAUCCAUAAGAUCCCAUCUUGUUUUGCAGUUAUCCCUUCCACCAGUAACUAUGGCAAAGAGUGCCAUCAGCGUUUGGAAGUCAUUCUUUGCUGACACAGUGAAGUGUCUGAUUCUAAGACACUCAUUCUUAACUUUGUCAGGAUGUUCUCUGUCAAAGCCUCAGAUUUUAAAUCCCACUUCUCAGCAGAGAUGCCUCAGCUGACAUGAAAAAGAGUCUUUAAUAUUAAUAAAACCAUGAGAAGGACAAGACAGAGAGGGUGUGAGCUCUGGAGUAUAGGGUGAAAUUCACCUGUGUGUGUGUAUCUUCAGCAUGUGUCAAAUGGCUGUUACUAUCACACAUCACAGCACAUUCUUCCUUGUUAUCAUAUGUUAUAGUUUUUCCAGUAACCUUGAAAUUGCAUACAUAAACUCAUAUUAAACAUAGCGUUGAGCCAGUGGUUCAAAGUCAGUGUCAUCUCUAGGGCUGACAUCACAGUUUGAACAGAAAAAUAGGCACACAUUCAGCCAUCACACAGCUCUGCAUUCCCAAGUGGCUGAGCAUCAGCCAGGAGUUUCCUAAGCAGACUUCUCUGGAAGAGCAAUAAAUGCACACCUGUACACACACCCUUACAGCACUUCUUCUCAUGGAUAUCUAUGGAACGGGUUGCUCCUCCAUAGCUGUCAUUUUUUUGUUGUUGUUACUCAAAUUUGCAAUUUGUUAAAUAUCUCAGUGCAGAUGAAAUAAUUUGUUAUACAUUCCUAGGCGUUCCCAUGCAAUCUUUGAGAAGAUUGGACUUUGCUUGGUAGAACAUCGCCAGGUUGCUCUGUUCCUCAGAUGCAGACCAUCUUCCUUCACAUGCAUAGCAUGAAGCACAAAGUGGCCAUGUUUAUAAUAUUUAGGUAACAGGUGCCAACCUCACAUAAACACCACUUGGACUGCUUGUCUGACACUGCAGUAAAGAAAUCUGGCAGUGAAUGAAGUGGGAUCCAGAGACUUAAAGGCUCUCCUGCCUGAAGAUGGUCCCAGUUCUGUCUCAGGCUUCAAGGAGGUGCGUUUGGCAGUGGAGUUUGGGAGGAUCUGUUCAAUGGCUUCGUUCAGUACCUCCACAGAGAACAGAUGAUUCCAGAAUUGUCUGCCAAGCCUCCCACAAAUAUGGCUUGCAAUUUAAAACACUACAAAAUUAUUUAAAGGAAGAGUUAAUAUGCAUAGCAAUCUUAUGCUAAAGCUGAAGGACUAUGAAAGUUUAGAACAAUUUCUCACUUUCUUGUGCAGGAAACAGUCUCUUUGAGAUAUACUAAAUAGUAUUACUUGUAUCAUCCUGGCUGGUGAUAGCAUUCUGUCCUUAGCUGAAAAAGAGGAAGAAACUGAUCCAGGGAAUGCUGCAGUAUUAUUUUUGUCUUUAGGAAAUCUACCAAUAAAGAGGAAAGCUCACAGUGUGCUACAGUAUCAUAUGCUCAUCUCCCUCAGACUUCUCUCUGAUAAUGCAAAUCCAAACUGCUGCAGAUGAAUCAGCGUAGGUAGCAUGCUGACAAAAGGGUUUGAUGAAAGAAAUGAUUUCAGAUUGUUGCCUAUGUACUAAAAUGAAUAUUACUGCUUGUGCAAAAGUGUUCUCCUUGUUUUAUGUACCUGGAGCCAGAAGUGGUGGGUUUUGUUCCUACUGUGCUCAUGUUUUCCAUCACUGCCACGGAGAAGCCUCUUUGCAAUUUUGCUUUCCCAUUUUUAAACACAGAGAGAUGCUCUCCAUGCGUCGAUAGAAAGCACUAGGGAGUCUGUGCACAAAACAAACCGGUAUCAACUCUUUGUAUUAUUUAAGUGAAAUGGAUUUAAUGUAGCUGCUCUUACUUACAUGGCAUAGGAGAUGACUCUUGUAAAUGGGGGCUCCUUUUUAUUGCUGGUUUGUCUUAGUUCCUUAGGGAUAUUGAAAAAGAAUGCACUUCACUUCUGUAAAGCCAUCUCCAACAGAAGAUGAGAAUCCAAUGCAGAUGUUAAGGAAUUCAUUUCUGAAUGAAGUGCUAGCUAGUAAUUGCAGCAUUUGGAUGAACAAUUCUUUUUUAUAAUGGAAAGACAAAGUUAAGAGGAAAGGGACAGAAUAACUCUUACUGGCUCAACAUCACAAUCUUUCUCUGUUUUGGCCAAGCCUGGAAAUGGAUUUGUAGAUGCCAAUGUGAUGAAGUGCUGUGUGCAGUCACAAGGAUACAUGCAUGGCAAACAUCGGGUCAGAGGCGACCACGUUGCUGGCAUCAGUGGACUCCAAAGGGGACCUCCAUGCUGUCUGGAAAAUCAGUGGUCCUGUAGAGAAGAUUAACUCCCAGAAAAUGAACAUUUCAGGCAUUGGCUGGAUGACAAAUCUGUAUUUCGUUCUCAUCAUCCCAAAUACAUUAAUUAGCAAGCUGAGAUGGGUUAUUUCAUACAUAUAGAAUGUGUUCUCCCUUAAUUGCAUUUCUUUUCGACACUGGACACUCUUCUGAAAGAUUUUAGCCUUAUGAAGGUGAAAGUUGUAAAAACUUUAUUUUGUGUUUCUGAGCAAUGUAGAUAGACCUAAAGAUUUCAUGAAUUAUCAUGUGGUUGCCCAUAUCUGACUAAUAAUUAAAUUGUAAAUUUGCAGUUUCAUACUAGGGUUAGUCUUAUCACCUGCUUCAAAAACUAAAAGUCAUAUUUGGUAUAUAAACACACAGAGAAUAUCCUUCUGAUUGAAUUUCAAGAGCAUAUUCAGGAUUAAAUGUUUUUAAGCACUUCUAAUACUGUAGUCUAUUAGAGGAGCAGACACUUCUAAAGCAAUGUUUAAAGUUGUCUUUCAUAACUGAGUCAACAGAUCGUUUUUGUAAUAAAUUCAAGCAAGUGUUCUCAA